AUGUGUCGAAUUAAUGAGGUACUGAGUUUACAGUGGAAGAACCUCACGCUGAACCCGGCAUGUCCCAGUACCUCUGACCCAACUACGUCAAUUAGCUAUGGUGUCUACAAACUGGAAGGGAGAAAGACGGAGGUAGCUGAAGGCCGCUGCUACAAUCUUCAUCGUUUAGGUGAAAGUGAGAGCCCAAUGGAUGUUCUAGAUCACUUGAAUAAAUGGAUUGAACCACAAGUGGAGCGAUAA